AUGGGACUAGAUGCUUGCAAUCUGCCCAUGGGUUUUAAAUUUUAUGCAAAACACAGUAAUAGAAAAGAGUCUCCUGAUUCUGGAGGAAAGCCUGGUACGGUAGCGCGAGGUAGGACGGGGUUGCAGGAGUCACAUAGGCUACCGAAACGGAAAAGGACUAGGAUGACGAUCUGUACUUAUCACGCACGUACGUUUGCAUCGGAAGCGGCCAUCGAAGAUCUGAUGAUGCAAGCCAAGAAGAUCAAGUACGACGUCAUCGGGCUGACCGAGACGAGACGACGUCACCCUCUCAACGCCGUAUAUGAAACUGGAGAAGAACUGUUAUUAGGAACAUGCGACAGUAGAGGUGUUGGAGGAGUUGGCGUCCUCGUCAACACGAGUAUGGCAAAGAACAUCGACUCUUUCGAGCAACUUACUACGAAGAAGAAGAAGUCGAAGCUUUCUAUAUGGACUUGGAGAAGUUCUACCGAGAAGAUCAUGCCUUCUAUAAGGUCAUAA